AUGGCGGAGACAGCUGCCGGACCCUCUCGCGCAGCGACCGUGCAGGACGAGACCGACGAUGUCGCCAUGAACGGCGCCGGUGCUGGCCCCAGCACGGCCAACAGCAACGGCAAUGGCGUCAAGAACGAGGUCGAUGGCGACGAGGCAGAGGGGGAGGGGUUGGGAGAGGACGGGUUGCCACGUAACGCGUGUGCGACGCUGUACCUCCACAACCUGAACGAGAAGGUCCGGAUACCUGUCAUGAAGGAGACCCUCGCGUCGCUCUUCAAGCCCUACCGCCCCAUUACUCCCAUUGUCGCCCACCGCAACACGCGGAUGCGCGGACAGGCGUUUGUGAGCUUUCACGACAAGGCAAGCGCGGAGAAGGCGCGUAGCGACGUCAACGAGUUCCCCCUGUAUGGCAAGCCCAUCAUCAUCUCGUAUGCCAAGACUAGGUCAGACGCGGUGAUCGUCGCCGAGGACGGAGAGGAGGCGCUGGAGGAGUGGAAGAAGGUCCGGCUGGAGGACAAGAAGGUGAAAAGGAGGACAAAUCCUAUUCGCCUGAAGGCGCGCGCAAAGCAAAAGGCUGGCGACGACGGCGAGGCCCCCGCGGCCAAGAAGCCGCGCAUGCAGAUGCCAGACGAGUACCUGCCACCCAACAACGUCCUGUUUGUCCAGAACCUGCCCGAGGGAACCACGCAGGACGACCUGCGCGACGUCUUCGAGCAGCACGCCGGUCUCCUCGAGAUCCGUACCAUCCCGGCCAAGCGCGACAUUGCGUUCAUCGAGUUUGCAGACGAGGCGACGGCCAUGGUGGCCAAGGACGCCCUGCACAACUUUAAGAUCGAUGGCGAGACCAAGAUGAAGGUCACGUACGCGAGGAAGUAG